ACAGUUGGGUUUUUUUUAAUGACGCCAUAUUAUCAAGAAAUUAUUUACAUGGAAAUCCGUUUUAUCCUUUGAAAUCCUAACACAUUUUAAGGAUAUAACCCAUUGGUAUUAAUUUAGGAUUAUUAUAGUAGCUGUUUUAACAUUUAUUUCGCUUUGAAAUAAUAUAAUUUUAAUUUUAAAUGUUGUAAUUCAUGAACAUUGAACAAUGACGGACUUGGUUAACGACGAAAACGAAAGCUUUCAGGAAGAAAACGCCGAUUUCGACACCACUGCAUUUGAAACCGAAGGCAACGAUGUCGACACCAAUGCAACUGUUACCGAAGACGGUACCGUUGAAGACCCAGAGCUUGAAGCCAUCAAGGCACGGGUUAAAGAAAUGGAAGAAGAAGCGGAAAAGUUGAAAGAAAUGCAGAGCGAAGUGGAGAAACAGAUGAAUAUGAGUUCAUCUUCAGUUUCAUCUUCGUCCACUUUUCCAACAAUUGAAGAGAAGGUUGAUGCAGAUGCCCGAUCUAUAUAUGUUGGAAAUGUGGAUUACGGGGCUGCAGCGGAAGAGCUGGAGCAACACUUUCAUGGCUGUGGUUCAGUCAACCGAGUCACGAUUCUCUGUGACAAGUACACGGGUCAUCCGAAAGGAUUUGCAUAUGUUGAAUUUGCUGACAAAGACUCCGUGGCAACAGCUAUGGCACUAGAUGAAUCACUGUUUAGAGGAAGGCAAAUAAAGGUAACACCAAAAAGGACAAAUCGACCAGGUAUUUCAUCAACAAAUAGACCGCCUAGAGGGCGUGGCAGAGGAGGAAGAGGUCGAGGUUUUUAUGGUGGUUAUGCACCUCGAUCUAGAAGACCUUUUGGCAGGUACAGAAGGGCAUAUUAUUCCCCUUACUGAAAGGUCUACAACGAGAUGUGUCCUUUAGGAGCAGUAAUGUACUUCCAAAAAAAAAAGAAAGAUUGGAAAAUGGAAAACAAGAAAAAAAAAGAGAAAAAAAAAGAACACAAAAGAAAGAAGAAAAAAAAAAGAUGUGGAAAAAAAAAAUGUAGUAAAAGUUCAAUUUUCCCUUAUAUUAUUAUUUUCUUCUUUUUUGAUCUGAUCAUAGCAGGUUGUAAGUCCUGCUUUAGCCAUUAUUGUAUGUGACAACAUUCUGGUUUGACAAUCCGUCGACCCACUGUUGGCAAGCGUCACAUCAAGAUCUUAGUUACAGGUCAUGGUGAUGCCGUGCACAUGACAAACAAGAUGCACUGAUUGCAGUGUCUGCUGACGGCAGUACUCCAUCGAAGGAUGAUUAAAUGUGGAUAUUUUUAAUGUAAUAUUAUAAAUGUCUUCUUCAUUUGAUGUAAACUUUCAGUAGGUGUAUGAUUGUUUGAACAGUAAGAAAGCUAAAAGAAACAAUCUUAACUUUCUAAAACACUGUUUAUUGAAUAUUCCAUUAAAACAAUGUAAACAUUUGUUAUAAUGCAAAAUACCUUUACAUUUAACAUUUAUUUAUGACCUUGUCGGUAAAUGUAUUAAAAUGUAAACUGCCUCUUAAUUUGAUAUUCAAUGAUGGUUUAUCUUUAUUGGUUCGUCUUUAGCUUUUAAUGUGUUUUGUCCAAUUCUACAGUAAAUAUUUAAAUCAAAAUUUACAUGUUUUUUUUGUGGUUUGUGUUAUUAGUAUAUGGUAAACCCAAGAUAUGAUGUAGUUAUGAGAUUAGGUAUGCACCUGUUUAUCAUCCUAUACUAUUGUGGCUAACCCAUUAAUCUUAUACUCAUUAUUAAUGUGUUGUAUUAUUGAGAGUAGUCCAUAAGUCCUAUACCAAGAUAGACAUUUGUUUCAAGGUUAGUGUUUCAAAUGACUAAUGGCAUUUUUCUUUGUGCACUUAAUGUACAAAACUGGGUGCACCCUGAUCAUUUAAGUUUAAUAUUUUGAAAGAAGUGCUUGACCAGGAUAAUGUAUUUGUGGUAACAUUUUUGUUAUAGAUGUUUAUUAACAAAAAAGGCAAACCUUUUCAUCAAACAAGUGUAGGGCAUAGUUUUGAAACUGAACUUUCAGUACAAACUGAAGCAUUUUGAAAUUUAUUGAAAUGUCUGUAGACUGGUAUUUUCAUUCUCUAAUUUCUUUUUCUUUUUUAAUCUCGCAAUAAAGACAACAUAACAAUGUUAUUCAUAGAUGUCUGUUCAAAGGUUUUGUUUUAUUUGUAGGCUGGGGGUGAAUUCAUUUGUUCGUCAACAGUUGUUGUUGAGUGCAAUAUACUAAACAGUCAAAACCAUCUUAUUUGUGCCUCAUCUUGUUGGAUUUUAAUUGUGAAAAUAUUUGAAGCUUCACUUGUAUUUUUAAUGGUAGCUUUUGUAGAAUGUUUUGUUUUGCAGGUAUUAAAUACAAAUAACAAAUUCAGUUACUGUGGAGCACAUUUUGUAGAGAUUGGAUGGCAAUAAAUAACAUAUUUCUCAGUGGCAGGCAAAAAAUUUUUUAAAAAUGUAAAAAUUGAUAAAAUUCAUAGCUGAUUGAAAAAAGAGAGAAAAAAGUACUCCUUAUGGCUCCAUAGACUCUGAAAUAAAUUUUUGUUUGUAUUUCAUUCAAGUUGUUGAAAUGAAAAGAAUCCAUUGGGAAAUAAAAUAAAGAUGAAAAAAACCCAA